AUGGUUGAUAAAGAAACUUCAGCGGAUUCCAGCCCUUGGUCCCCUCAACACACCUAUCAGGAAAUCAGAAACCACACAAGCAUCUCCGACUUCCUGCUCCUGGGCUUCUCUGACCACCCAGAGCAGCAGCCUCUCCUGUUCGGGCUCUUCCUGGGCAUGUACCUGGUCACCGUGUUGGGGAACCUGCUCAUCAUCUUGGCCAUAGUUUCUGACCAGCACCUCCACACCCCCAUGUACUUCUUCCUGGCCAACCUGUCCCUCAUUGAUACCUGCUUCUCCUGCACCAUUGUCCCCAAGGUGCUGGUGAACACCCUCACUCAGCACCACACCAUCACUUACACUGGCUGCCUCGUACAGAUGUACUUCUUCAUGGCAUUGACCCUGCUGGAUGACUUCCUGCUGGCCGUGAUGGCAUAUGAUCGCUAUGUGGCCAUCUGCCUUCCUCUCCACUACACCACCAUCAUGUGUCCCCAACGCUGCCUGCUGCUGAUCGCCUCAUCCUGGCUCUGUGCCCACCUCCUGGCCUUCUCACUCACCCUCCUCAUGACUCACCUUAUGACACCUGAAAACCACACAAGCAUCUCCGACUUCCUGCUCCUGGGCUUCUCUGACCACCCAGAGCAGCAGCCUCUCCUGUUCGGGCUCUUCCUGGGCAUGUACCUGGUCACCGUGUUGGGGAACCUGCUCAUCAUCUUGGCCAUAGUUUCUGACCAGCACCUCCACACCCCCAUGUACUUCUUCCUGGCCAACCUGUCCCUCAUUGAUACCUGCUUCUCCUGCACCAUUGUCCCCAAGGUGCUGGUGAACACCCUCACUCAGCACCACACCAUCACUUACACUGGCUGCCUCGUACAGAUGUACUUCUUCAUGGCAUUGGCCCUGCUGGAUGACUUCCUGCUGGCCGUGAUGGCAUAUGACCGCUAUGUGGCCAUCUGCCUUCCUCUCCACUACACCACCAUCAUGUGUCCCCAACGUUGCCUGCUGCUGGUCGCCUCAUCCUGGCUCUGCGCCCACCUCCUGGCCUUCUCACUCACCCUCCUCAUGACUCAGUUCUCCUUCUGUGCCUCCCAUUCCAUCCCACACUUUUUCUGUGACCUUCUCCCUGUCCUCAAACUUGCCUGCUCAGACACCCAGAUCUUUCAGGUCAUGAUGUUUGCUGAAGCAGCCCUCGCAGGUGUGGUCCCUCUCGCCUGUGUCCUGGUCUCUUAUGCCCACAUCAUGCACACCAUCCUCAGGGUCUCCUCAGCUGGGGGGAAGCACAAACUCUUCUCAACCUGUGGCUCUCACCUGACAGUAGUCACUCUUUUCUAUGGAACUGUCUUUCUUGUGUAUUUCCAGCCCUCUUCCUCCUACUCAGCAGGCACUGGAAUGAUGGCAUCUGUGGUGUACACAAUGGUCACCCCCAUGCUAAACCCGUUCAUCUACAGCCUGAGGAACAGAGACAUGAAGGGGGCUCUGUGGAGACUCCUUGCCUGCAGAAAAUGUUGCAUCUUAUAA